AUGCGAGGUGAGCCUGAUGGAUUUAUCGACCCCGACAGUACCGACGAAGACGCAAAAAACGGAUCCUAUGAGACGUUCUUUACUGAAACUUCCAACGGCAAAUAUGUUCCCCGUUCCAUCUUUAUUGAUCUUGACCCAUCGCCCAUCGAUGAAAUUCGCACCGGCACUUACCGUAACCUUUUCCGUCCCCAGCACCUGAUCAGUGGCAAGGAGGAUGCCGCAAACAACUACGCUCGGGGUCAUUACACCGUCGGCAGGGAGAUUGCUCCAGAUGUGAUUGAGAGCAUUCGUUAUGUGGCUGAGAACUGCCACUCCUUGCAGGGUUUCUUGGUUUUCCACUCCUUUGGCGGCGGUACAGGCUCUGGCUUCGGUUCACUGUUGUUGGAGCAUCUGACUACCAUGUAUGGGCGCAAGUCCAAGCUGGAAUUCUCCAUCUACCCUUCUCCGCGCACCUCGACUGCCGUGGUAGAGCCCUACAAUGCCGUCCUCUCAACCCACAGCACCAUUGAGAACUCCGACUGUACCUUCCUAGUUGACAACGACGCCGUGUACGAUAUCUGCCGACGCAACCUGGAUAUUCCUCGUCCUGGAUACGAACACCUGAACCGGCUUAUUGCUCAGGUAGUGAGCUCCAUCACUUCCAGCCUGCGAUUUGACGGUGUACUCAAUGUCGACCUGGCCGAGUUCCAGACAAACCUGGUCCCGUACCCGCGUAUCCACUAUCCUUUGAUUUCGUAUGCUCCGGUGAUCGGUAACAAUCGCAGCUCGCAUGAGAGUUUCAAGAUCCAGGACCUCACUUUCCAAUGCUUUGAGCCGAACAAUCAGAUGGUGAACUGCGAUCCACGAAAGGGCAAGUACAUGGCUGUAGCUUUGCUGUACAAGGGUGAUGUUGUACCCCAUGACUGCAACCAGGCUGUGCACGCCGUAAAGACUAGGGGUACCUUCAGUUUGGUUGAGUGGUGUCCUACCGGAUUCAAGUUAGGAAUCAACUACCAAAAGCCCGUGCGUCGUCCCAAUGACGAACUUGCGUCUGUGGACCGUUCGGUUAGUAUGCUAUCCAACACCACCGCCAUUGCUGAGGCAUGGAGUCGCCUCGACCACAACUUCGACCUGAUGUACUCCAAGCGUGCGUUCGUCCACUGGUAUGUUGGGGAAGGGAUGGAAGAAGGCGAAUUCUCUGAAGCCCGUGAGGAUCUCGCGGCACUCGAGAAGGAUUACGAGGAGGUGGCUGAGGACAGUCCCCCGGAAGGGGUUGAGUACUGA